AUGAAUUUGCCGAGCCGUAGGGCUUUGCGGCGGGAGAGCAUCCAAUUGCAUGUGAUUUUUGACAAUUUGCUUGACAGUGGCGUUUCGAGCGACCUGGUGCAAGACAUAUUGAAAUCAAUCGCACGUGCGGCCAGCAAGCACCAGCACCAAGUAAUCUUCACCAUGCAAACCCGAGAAGCUCCAGAGUCAGUGGGCAACCUGAACGGCGCCACUACUCGCAUUGCGCCACAACAAGACCAUUCCUACGGAGCUUACAGAUGGAACGAGAAGGAAACGGUGCAGUUGAUCCAAACUUUGCAAACAGAUAAGCCGCAAGACGAGAUUCAGAUGAGUCUGAAAUUCCUGAUGAUAGCGGGUGGUGGCGUCCCCGGGAUACAGAGCUCUUCGCGCUAA